ACGCCCAUUUUUGAAUGUGAGAGAGAGAGGGAAACCCAGCCAGGAGCUGCCCGUCGGCGAUGCCGAGGUCGUCCUCCUCCUCCUCCUCCAGGCCGAUACUAGGGAGGGCCAUGGCGAUCUUGGCGCUGCCGCUGACGCCAAUAUCCAAGGCCAGGGGCCCCAUCGCGAGGAACCUGCUGAUCUUCAAGAAGCGUGGGGCCGCCGGGAAGGCUCGCCGGAUGCUGUCGUCGUCGUCGUCGUCGUACGGGUACAAGCCACACCGCCACUACAACUACGCCUACGUCGGGGAGUACCAGUUCUCCCCCUCCAGCUCCCCGCUCAUCGCCUACCCGCCUGGGGUCUCGUCGUGGAGGAGGGCCGCCAAGAAGCGGAGGAGCAAGGCCAGGAUGAUCCUCGCCUCACUCCUCUGCGGCGGCGGCGACCUCGACGUCGCCGUGCUCGACGGCUUGCCUCGAGCCGACGAGCCGCGCGCCGCCGUGGAGUGGGAGGAGUGCGGCCGCGACGGGGGCGCGUACGGCGAGGAGGAGUACGGCGACGACGACAACGACGAGGAGGAGGAGGAGGAGGAGGGGGUCGACGGCCGGGCGGAGCGGUUCAUCGAGAGGUUCUACGAGGAGAUGAGGCUGCAGAGGCAGCGAUCUCUGGUCCAGCGUCUCCUCUGAAUCGAGUCGAGCUCUGCUCUGCUCAUCACGGCCUCUGCUCUGCCUUCACUUCGUUGGAUCGCUUUCACUCCUGCUGCUGCUGCUGCCUUGGCUUCUUGGUAGUAUUAAUUGUCGCUAUCUUAGCUGCAGCUUCUCCAUGCCCUCAUUAUUUUCUUGCAUCGUUUUACUACUAUUGUUGCGGUUUCUGCUCAUCAGUUCAUGUGUGAUCGAAGUCGGGCGAGAGGAUUUGAGGAGUCUGUGGGGAGAACCUUCUUUUCCCUGCAUUAAUCCAAUCUUUACAUUUCCAUGUCUUUUAGGUGCUGGUUUUGAGGAAGCUCCGUUUAGUUUGCAAAAAGAUUU